AUGUUUCGUUCUGCGGUGCUAGGUUUAGUGCUUGUUUUGCUGUCCGAUUUCAGCUCGGCAAAUGAAGUUUUCGGUUGUGGGGGCUUCGUGAAAAAUGUAAACUCCGAGCUUGACUUGAGCAAAGUGGAAGUAGGGCUGUUCACUCCCCAGGGCAGCCUGAAACUAAAGACGGAAUGCUCCCCUUCGAAUGGGUAUUACUUCAUCCCGGUGUAUGAUAAGGGUAGCUACGUGCUGAAGGUGAUACCACCGCCCGGUUGGAGCUUCGAACCGGAGCAGGUGGAAAUCAAGUUCGACGGCCAGACGGACGUAUGCAGCCAGGGCAAGGACGUGAAUUUCCUCUUCAAAGGCUUCGGUAUAACGGGGCGUGUUGAGUUCCUCGGUUUACCUGAUAACGGAGCGCGUGGUGUUCGAGUGGAGCUAGUUGCAGAGGAUGGCAGUAAAAUCGGCCAAACUGUGACAAAUGCACUUGGAGUGUUUUCAUUCACACCGAUUAAACCGGGCCGCUACGUGGUGAAGGUGCAGCACCUGAAAUGGCACUUUGUGCAGCCGGAAUAUACGGUAACAGUUGCUUCCGGAAACACCGAAAUCCCUGCUGGAUCGCUCGUCGUUUCUGGCUUUGAUGUGGAGGGUAACGUUUUCAGCGAUGGACAACCGUUUGCCAAUGUGGGCUUCCUUUUGUACGGUGCCAAAAAUCAAAAGUCGCUCGUCAAGUGCUCGUCCGAUAGCACGCUGGCAGUAGCGAACGACGUCGAUAAGGCGUACGAAACUGCACCGCUCUGCUACACCACGCCGAACAAAAAUACCGGCACCUAUCUGUUUGCAGGCGUUUCCAGAGGAAAAUAUCUCAUUCGUCCGCAUUUCACCAACAGCAAAAUUAAGUUCCAUAUUCGCCCAGAAGCCCUCGAGCUGGUCGUCGAUAACGAUGGAUUGCGGUUGCGGGAAAAUUUCGAGGUCACCGGAUUCAGUGUGUCGGGGCGCGUGCUUCGAUCACCUAACGGACCGAGCGUUGCGAAGGCCCGCGUGAAAUUGAACGGCCGAGAAAUUGCGGUCACUGGUCAGGACGGUAGCUACACGCUAGAAAACAUCCAGCCGGGCACGUACACGAUUCAGGUACAGGCCGAGGAUCUGCAGUUUAAGGAUCACAUCGUGAAGGUGUCGCUGGCGAAUCCGUCCCUGCCGGAUGUGCUCGUAUCCGGUUUUAAAGCGUGCGGACAGGUCAUCUCGAAGAAGGCACACCGCGUGGCGAUAACGAAAAAAGCGUCCACCAUGAUGGUGGAGGUGACGAGCCGUGAAGGUACGGGCGAGUGGUGUACGUUCCUGGAAAAUGGCCAAUACGCCGUGCAGGUGCUGACGACGGACGAAGAACACGCCAGUGGCAUCCAGUUUUUCCCAGUCACGCAAACGAUCGAGGUAAACUACGCUCCGGUUGAGGGAAUUGUAUUUUCACAGCUCCGCGCUACAGUAACGGGAGAGGUGCGUUGCUUGGCGGAUGGCAAGCGUGAAUCUUGCCGCGAUCUAGCGGUCACCCUGCAAGCACUCGACGGCAGUGGUAAUGCGAUCGGACAGUCCUUUAUCGCUCCGGUGUCGGAUGCGGGUAGCUAUAGCUUUCAAAAUGUGCUGCCGGGAAGCUACGAGGUGAGCGUUCCAACUGGUAAACUCUGCUGGCAGUCGAACAUGGUGAAGGUUAAUAUCAAAACGGCCAAGGAGACGGUACCGACCUUCGUCCAGACGGGCUACAUCGUUUCGAUUUUGUCGAGCCACGCGGCAUCGAUGUCCUAUCGGUGGAAGGAACCAGCGGCCGAUGAAAAAACUGCCCCCGCCAAGGAGGAAGAGAUCGUUCUGACCUCGGGUAUGAAUAUGUUUUGCGUAAAGCACGCGGGCACGUACAAAAUGCGCUUGAGCGGGUGCCAUCGGUUCGACGAGACAACGGCCAUCGAAUUUAAUACAGCCAAUCCCACUCCCAUCUCCGUCAAUGCCAAAAGCCACCGCAACGUGGUAAAGCUGAUUGCCGAAGAGAAGGAACAAUUCCAGGUAAAGGUGUUGCUAGAUGGACAAGUAACUGGUGAGAUUGUUGAAUUUGAAACGAUUGAGGGAAGAACGGAUGGAGGCUACGUAUAUCGCAAGGAGUUCUAUCUGGAACGGGGCGAACGCAUCACGUUGGUGCCGCAAAGUGAAAUCAUGCUAUUUAACCCAACGCAGCUCGUCGUCGUCGGUGGAAGCGAUUGCGAAUACGUUGGCACGGAACUGCGAGCCACGAAGGGACUGCUCAUAAACGGUCGCACGAAUCCUCCGGUGCAGGAUGCCACCAUUACGCUGGUGUUCCCGAAGAACAUGGAUCUUACGCCUUUGGUCACACUCACGAACCAUCUCGGCGAGUUCCGGUUUGGGCCUAUCGAUCCCACACUCGCUGUCGAACUGUCCGCCGAGAAGGAAUCGUACGUGUUCUCCACGUUCGACCGAAAGAGCAGCACGUUUAGCGGGCAUAAGCUUUGUGAAAUCAUCGUCACGGUAAAGGAUGACGUAGGCAAUCGGUUGGCGGGUGUGCUGCUAUCGGUGUCCGGCGCUGAAAGCUAUCGCAAAAACAUGGUCACCGGUGAGGACGGUAGCAUCAAGUUCCAUUCGCUCUCACCCAGCGAGUACUACCUGCGCGCGAUGAUGAAGGAGUACGAAUUCCGGCCCAACUCGAAGCUGAUCGAAGUGCAGGAAGGUGCCACCGUGGUGGAGGAGCUGGUCGGUAAAAGAACACAGUUUUCUAUCUUCGGUUCCAUCACGUCACUCAACGGUGAACCGUUCCCGAAUGUGGUCGUCGAAGCGGUGUCGGACGAAACCUGCGGCAACGUACUCGAGGAGGCAACGAGUGAGUUCAACGGACAGUAUCGCAUCCGUGGACUGACUCCCGGCUGUCAGUAUCGAGUACGCGUACGCACCGGCACAGGACCGUCGGCUGCGGUUGAUCGGUCGAUUCCACGUGAACGCGUGGUCAAAAUCGAGAAGGCGGACACGCGCGAAGUCAACCUAAUCGCCAUUAGUCCGUUGGCUUUCGUCGACGUCACCGUGCGGGUGGUUGCAUCCCAGAACGAUCACUACAAAACGCUCAAGAUUGCGCUGUACAAAAAGGGUAGCGAUUCGCCGGUGCACACGCAACGCAUCGAACCGCCGCUGAACCCGAAAUCGAAAAUCAACCCAGGCAUUAUGGUGUUCUUCCCGCGCAUUCCCUUCGACGGCAAGAACUACCACAUCGAGCUGACGUCUUCGCUGUCGGAGAAAAACUACCGGUACAGCCUGUCGUCCGUGCCGUUCGUGGCCAAUACGAGCAGUUUUUACGCGGAAAUGCAGUUCACGCCCGAGCUGCGGACAGCGGAAGGUGAUCUCAACCAGAACUCCCUGUCGGCGAUCGUGCUGAUCGCACUCAUUGGGUUCGUGUUCUUCAAGCAGGAGCUUGCGUUCGAGCUGUUGGGUAUCGCCUGGUCGAAGGUAGGCUCGCUCGCUUCCGGUGCCAUGAGCCGUCGAACGGCCGGCAAGGAACUGAAAAACGAUGCCGGUUACAUCGACAACCGAGACAUUGACGUGCUGGCGUCGACGAUCGAUGGGAUGAAAAAGAAGAAAACCAAAAAAGUGUCUUAAGACCGAUGAAGUAGCCAUAAGGCGGCAGGCGGCCACACGGAUGCGACAGGGGUCGGUAGGAUAUCCGUAAAGACUCAUUGUAAUGGUAGUGAUGGAACGGGUCGUAGUCAAGUUCUAUUCGUAAUAAACGGCAG